GUAUCUAUUUGGAUUUGCCUUCCCUUUCUCGCCCAGUUCUCUCUUGUUCUUCUUCUAAUUUCAAUUUUUUUGAUUAUUUUUCUUCAUAUAUAUAUAUAUAUAUAUAUACUCUUCCUGAGUAUGUAUAUAUUCUUCGUCUAGAAAACGAGGAAAUAGAAUUUGGGUCUGUAUCUGUAUAUAUAAAUAAAUAUAUAUCUGUAUAUAAAUCUGUAAAUUUGGUGUCAGAUAGAUUGAGAGCACUGGUUUUUGCAGCAUGGUUUCUGGGUUUUGUUCUCUUAUGGAGAAUGUUGGAGAUAUGUUUUGCAUGCAAGCUGAUUGAUUCUCUUUCUGUGUUCAAAAGUUCUUCAAUUUCUGAUUGCAGAUUAGGAGUUUAGUUGAUUAAAGGGUUUUGGGAUCGAUUUGUGUGUUGAUUUUAGUGUGUAUAGAAGCUGGUGAAUGGGGACUCAGAGAAUGGGAUCUCAAGCUGCUGUUGUUGGUGGUGGAGCCCUAGAGCAUAGAUCGCAAGCAUUGGUGCGGGAAGGAUCUUUAUACAGCCUCACUCUCGAUGAGGUUCAGAACCAAUUAGGCGAUUUGGGGAAACCACUUAGUAGCAUGAACUUGGAUGAGCUUCUCAAGAGUAUUUAUACCGCUGAAGCUAAUCAGGGAAUGGGCGGUUUUGAUUAUGCUGCUGUGCAGCAACAAGGCCAAAUUGCAUCGGUUUCAUCUCUGAAUCGACAGUCGAGCCUAACCCUGACUAGGGAUCUGAGCAAAAAGACUGUUGAUGAAGUGUGGCAGGACAUUCAACAAGGGCACAAGAAUGAUCUUGAUCGGAAAGCCCGGGAAAGGCAACCUACUCUUGGUGAAAUGACAUUGGAGGACUUCUUGGUUAAGGCAGGGGUGGUUGCUGAUUCUUCCCCAGGGAGGAAAAAUUCGGGUGCUGUUUUAGGGACUGAUCCAAUUGCAUUGACCCAACAAAAUGUUCAACCACAAGCUCAGUGGAUGCAUUAUCAGAUGCCCUCAAUUCAUCACCCACCACAGCAACAACAACAGAAUAUGUUGGCUGUUUACAUGCCGGGGCACCCAGUUCAGCAGCCUGUUCCUAUGGGCGCAAAUCCAAUUAUGGAUGUAGCUUACCCGGAAACCCAAAUGACCAUGUCACCAUCCCCUUUGAUGGGCACACUUUCAGACACACAGACACCUGGACGGAAAAGGGUUGCCCCGGGAGAUGUGAUUGAAAAAACUGUUGAGAGGAGGCAGAAGAGAAUGAUUAAGAAUAGGGAAUCGGCAGCCCGGUCAAGAGCAAGGAAACAGGCUUACACUCAUGAGCUGGAGAACAAGGUUUCACGGUUAGAAGAGGAGAAUGAAAGGCUUAAGAGACUGAAGGUAUUUCCAUGUGUACCGCCACCCGAGCCAAAGUAUCAACUGCGCAGAACAAGUUCAGCCCCUUUCUGACAACCGGUUUUCGUGUUAUGUAGAUGCGUUGUGUUUGUAAUGCCAUCUAGUUUUCAUUAGCUAACCGUAGUUGUGAAAUUUCCCAAUUGUACGAGGGAGCGUCCAUGUUGGGAUGAUUUGUCUUGGGAACUCUUUUUUCUUUUCUUUUUUUUCUUUUUUUCUUUAUUUAUUUUUUUUUCCCUGUAGUAAUGGGUGCUUAAUCUUCUGCCCUAGGUUGGUUGUCUUUGCCCUUGAGCCUUUUUCCUUGUAUGUACAUUUUAUAGUUUCAACUUUGAAUUUAUGCAGCAUCAUAGUUUUCGGUAA